AUGUUCUCAGGCACCAGACAGCAACAAACAGAACAGAUAUAUGUUCUAUUGCACCUGAUUUUCGUGGAGAAGAAUCCAGAAAUGGUCCGACGGAUGGAAAAGUGGGUAUUCAAAUGGGUGUGGUCAGUCGCCGCCUUCUGCUGCAUGAAAAAAUGCGAAUGUGAUGAAGUGAAGAGAGCCUUCUCCUUAAAAUCCAUCAUCUACCAAGACGCACACUGGAUCGAGAUUGAGGAUUUGUACAAGCUGCAAAACGCCGAAGUCGUCAAGAUCGGUGACAACAACGACUUCACGAAUUGCGAGUACAACAUGCUCAUUGUGCACUGGAUGACUCACGAGGGAGACAUGUUCAAGACAUUGGAGAUUGGAAGAAAGAGAACCGGCGCUUUGCACGUCGACUGGUUCCUCAAGGACGUCGUGUAUUUGGAAAUAGCUAGAGGAAUGGGAGGAGAUGAUGGAGCCAUACUGCUUGUGAGUUGGGGUUUGAUAUAUCCAAGAUAUGUACGUAGAAACAGAUCGAGAGCCCGCCAUUAUUGA